AUGGGCACACUCAGCCACGGGCACGCUCGCCACUCACCCACGGGCACACUCAGCCACGGGCACGCUCGCCACUCACCCACGGGCACGCUCAGCCACGGGCGCGCUCGCCACUCACCCACGGGCACGCUCGCCACUCAUCCACGGGCACGCUCAGCCACGGGCACGCUCACCACUCACCACUCACCCACGAGCAUGCUCAGCCAUGGGCACACUCAGCCACGGGCGCGCUCACCACUCACCACUCACCCACGAGCAUGCUCAGCCAUGGGCACACUCAGCCACGGGCGCGCUCACCACUCACCACUCACCCACGGGCAUGCUCAGCCACGGGCACACUCAGCCACAGGCGCGCUCACCACUCACCCACGGGCAUGCUCAGCCACGGGCACGCUCAGCCACAGGCGCGCUCAGCUACGGGCGCGCUCAGCCACGGGCGCGCUCAGCCACGGGCGCGCUCAGCCACGGGCGCGCUCACCACUCACCACUCACCCACGGGCAUGUUCAGCCACGGGCACACUCGCCACUCACCCACGGGCACGCUCGCCACUCACCCACGGGCACGCUCAGCCACGGGCACACUCAGCCACAGGCGCGCUCACCACUCACCCACGGGCAUGCUCAGCCACGGGCACACUCGUCACUCACCCACGGACACGCUCAGCCACGGGCAUGCUCAGCCACGGGCACGCUCAUCACUCACCCACGGACACGCUCAGCCACAGGCACGCUCAGCCACGGGCGCGCUCGCCGCUCAGCCACAGGCACGCCCAGCCACGGGCGCGCUCGCCGCUCAGCCACAGGCACGCUCAGCCACGGGCGCGCUCGCCGCUCAGCCACAGGCACGCCCAGCCACGGGCGCGCUCGCCGCUCAGCCACAGGCACGCUCAGCCACGGGCGCGCUCGCCGCUCAGCCACAGGCACGCCCAGCCACGGGCGCGCUCGCCGCUCAGCCACAGGCACGCUCAGCCACGGGCGCGCUCGCCGCUCAGCCACAGGCACGCCCAGCCACGGGCGCGCUCGCCGCUCAGCCACAGGCACGCCCAGCCACGGGCACGCCCAGCCACGGGCGCGCUCGCCGCUCAGCCACAGGCACGCCCAGCCACGGGCACGCCCAGCCACGGGCGCGCUCGCCGCUCAGCCACAGGCACGCUCAGAACCGAUCCAACACUACUUCCCAUGCCUUCCCAUGCAUUUGUGGCAUGA